AUGCCAAUACCUGCCUCAAAUGACGAGACCUUGGACCCAGUAUGCAAGUUACCGCAAGAAGUUGGUCCUUGUCGGGCAGGCUUUCGCCGAUGGACCUAUGACCUCUCGAAGGGUCAAUGUGUUCAGUUCACCUACGGUGGGUGCAGAGGAAAUGCGAACAACUUCGAGACCAAGGAGGCAUGCGAAGCGAAGUGUGGAGGCGUACGUAAAGCCAAAGCGACAACCAACUGUGUACUCACAGCAACGCAUUUUGAGCAGUCCUUAAGAUUCACCAAAUACAUGGUUCGCUCGGUUGCAAACUGCGAGUUCAGUAUUCACGAACAUGGAACUCCAAAACAAAGCUUUGACGAGUGA